AUGGUCAAACGCAAAAGAUCUGCCCUAAACCCAGACGAAGAUAGCGUGUCCAAGCGCCAGCUUCGUUCGAGUCUGGCUGUUUCUUCGUCAACACCGAGUCGUUCGACCCGGUCGUCUGCAAAGCAAGUCGCGUCCCCCUCCAAAGGAAACCCUCAUGGCCCUCUCGCUAAGGAUGACACGGGAGACACAGACGAAGACAGUGCAGAUGAGCUUGCUCUACAGCCACAGACACAAUCACCGAGUACUCCCUGUACAGGGGCUAGAGUGACACGAACUUAUGGACGAAAGGACCGACUCCAGUAUAAGAACCAGAAGCUCACCGAUGAGACAGACUUCCCAUGCGCAGACCCUGUUGGCACUCUAGAUUCAGACGACGAGCCUCUUACGAUGAAGAGACGAACCCGUAGGGGAAAGCCGGCACCCCAGGGCGCUGAGGACGUUAGCGUACCUAUCACAGAGCCUGGAAAUGCCUCUCGUCUUGUGAGAAAUCACCCUUUACAGUCGCCGCGGAAGAGAACAACGCGUUCAGUCGCGGUUGAGGUCACCAUACCCAUAACUCUGAAGAAGGCAAACGCCCAAUCCCCAUCCCCCCAUCCCCCUGAUACGUCACCCUCUAAUGCACACCCUCUUCUUUCGGAGCCCGUAACACCUGAUAUCGUGUUAGAGCGGACUUCCGACCGCAACAACAUCGAUUUCUUCUCCGAAGCUGACACCCUGCAUCGAGACUUACAUGGCCACCUUAACGAACAGAAAAAGCAAACUCUUCUUUCUCUCCAACGAACAUCGUCGAAACCGAGGGGCCAUGGUGAAGAGGGCCCUUCGUCCGUGAACGAUUCUGCGGCAGCGCAAUUAUCGGAACUGAUUAACGGAACGGUUAUGCGGGCGGAAGGGAAUAGCUGUCUUCUACUCGGUCCUCGUAGCAGUGGUAAAAGCAGGAUUCUCGAAAGUUGUCUACACACCUUGCCCAUGAAACCAAUUCUCCUUCGACUGUCCGGAUGGAUACAGACCACUGAUCGCCACGCCUUACGCGAAAUAGCCGUCCAACUCCUGCAACAAACUGGCUCUUCCAUUCUACCCGGUUCGGAAUCGGUACCAGAGCCUCAGACCAACGUGGAAGAGGAGGAAAACCCUUUCCUCGACCCAAUUGAUGACGCCACCAAAAUUGUAGAAGACCAAAACUUCCGUCUUCCUCCCUCCUCCCACCUUCACGCCUUGAUACCGAUCCUCCUGACGCUAAAUCGUCCAGUGAUUGUGAUUCUCGAUGCCUUCGAUCUUUUUGCCCUACACCCACGCCAAUCCCUUCUGUAUUGCCUGCUGGACAACGUUCAGAAUAGCCGUGCAAGCUCCGAGAGUCGAGGAAUCGCCGUCAUCGGAAUGACGAGUCGUUUGGACACAGUGCAACUCUUGGAGAAGCGUGUAAAGAGUCGAUUUUCUGGGCGAACGAUACGCACAUCUCCACCGAACGGCUUCCAAGACUGGAUGGAUACGAUGAGACGCGCAUUGCGACCUUUCUUGUCAGGUAAUAGUGAGAAGAGUGACGAGGAAUGGGGUCAUUGGUGGGGAGCAAAAGUUGAGGAGUUCCUGACGGAUCCCGAGGUUGUGAAUCUGUUGAAUGAAACAUUCAGCAUCACGCGAGAACCUAAAUUAAUGGAGCGGCUCCUGAGGACACCCAUACUUCGUCUCAAUCCAAGCGAGCCACAUUUGACGUUCAAGUCUCUCUGCAUUUCUGCGGAGACUCAGCGAGCUCGACCCUCCAAUCUACUAUUCACCAAUUUAUCAUAUCCGGCCAUGUGCUUGUUGAUCGCCAGUGUUCACGCAGACACGUCUGGCCACCCAAUUUUCACAUUCGAGAUGCUUUUUGAUUACUUCCGUGAUCAGCUUCGUGCAUCGACAGCAGCGCCGGUUCAGGUGAACGGCGGAAACAUUGGAAUGGUUCGUUGUACGCGCGAAGUGCUCAUGGCCACUUUCGAUGGCCUCAUAGCCUCGAAGACGUUUGUCUGCGUAACAGGCCCCUCCUCGAACAUUAGUAAAGAAUUCAUGAAGUACAGAUCCAACUUACAUAGAAGCAUCGUCAAACCCAUCAUAGACAAAUCUGGUCAAAUUCACCUCAAGAAGUGGCUCACUAAAGCCCAAUGA